ACAUUGAAACCAGAAGAACAUAAAGCAUCUAUCUUCUUGCUCUAUUUCUCAUUUCAUUUGGAGGGUUUUCUCAUUUAAUCUCCAUUCACUUCUAAAACCUUCAUUUUUUUGUUCUUUUUCUUCUAAGCUCAAUCAUGUCAAGCUGCAUCAACAGUGCACAGGAGCAACUCUGCUAUAUUCCCUGCAAUUUUUGCAAUAUUGUUCUUGCGGUGAGUGUUCCAUGCAGCAAUCUCUUAGACAUAGUGACAGUCCGAUGUGGUCACUGCAGCAACCUCUGGUCGGUGAACAUGGCCGCCGCUUUCCAAUCUCUCUCAUGGAAAAAUUCUCAGGCAUCAAGCCACAGCCACAAUGGAAAUGCAGCUGAUUACAGGGUAGAAUUGGGCUCAUCAUCAAAAUGCAACAACAAAAUGAAGACGAGAGCACCAAUUCAAAACAAUACAAAUGAUGAUCAAAGAGUGAUCAACAGACCUCCCGAGAAGAAGCAGAGAGUACCUUCUGCAUAUAAUAAGUUCAUAAAAGAGGAAAUCCAGAGGAUCAAAGCAAAUAAUCCAGAUAUUACCCACAGGGAAGCAUUCAGUACUGCUGCUAAAAAUUGGGCACAUUACCCACACAUUCAAUGCCUCAUGCUGGAAGCCAACAAUCUCAAGACUCAGAAGGAUGGAUCUGAGAAGCAUUAUAUGUCAGUGCCAGGGCUGCACUAUUGAUUGAAGAAAUGAUGAUGAAAAUGAUAUCAUCUCAUGAUGUCCUCUCCACCCAUUCAAGACCUUCUUCAUUGCUUGAAAAUGGUAUUCUUUGGACAGAAUUAACAGCCAUGCACCAUAUGUUUCCUUUUCCCUUUCCUUUCUAUCUUCACUUCAAAACUCCUUUAUUGAUUGUUAGGGGAAUGUGUUCUUCCAUUUAUGACUCAAAUUUGCCCUAAUUUCCUUUACCAUGUAAUGUGUUUGAUUUUAUUAUGUAUGUAUCCCUGUUUUACUCGGGAAUGUAAGUUAAUCAGUGGAA